GGGGUGAGUGAGAGAGAGAGGGGGAGAGUAUAGCUAGCUGUAUGCUGUAUAGGAGUACUCGCUCGCUCAAUUAGAUACUCCUUUCUUCCCUCUGCCACCACCCUCACACAUUCCCAUGCGCACAUUUCCCCAAGCACACAUACACACACGCUCUCCGUAGAUGCGGCUCGCUCCUCCUACAACUACACGGCCUCAUAAAACACUUUGACGGUCACUCGAGCUCACCUCAGCUCAUCUCAGCUUCUCUCCUCCAGCCUUUGAGAGUACUCGUAGUAGACAGCGUGCUGUGCCAUCGUUGGCUGUCACAGUGGGUGGCGGUGGACUGGUGGUGGUGACAGUGAGCUGCAAACCUUGGACAUGAAUUGAGAGGCACCUAUCUUUUCCUGUCCACGUCUGUCUGUCCGAGCGAUGGCUGGAUUGAUUGAUGUGUGAUGCCUCACUAGCCCUUCUCUCUCCCCUCCCCCCCCCCCUUUGUGGCAAAUCUCAUCAGCAACAGGGACCUCUGGUCUGGUGUGACUCUAUACUUGUUGCGAUUUUUCUCUCCUGCUCUUUCUCCUCUCCUCCAUAUCCUCCUUGUGUCUCCUCCUUGCUUCUUCGUCUCACUCACAAAGAGAAGCAGAAAAACAGAGAGAACGAGGGGAAGAUGGAGAGGAGGAGGAAGGCAAUGUGGUUGUACCCAAAGGUGGUGGGAUUCAACCCUCCGGAGAGAUGGGGGCACUCCGCUUGCUUCUUCGAAGGAGUCAUCUACGUCUUCGGGGGAUGCUGCGGGGGCCUGCAUUUCAGCGACGUGGUCACCCUGAACCUGGAGACCAUGGCGUGGAGCUCCCUGGCGACGACGGGGCAGAAGCCGGGGACGCGGGACAGCCACGGCGCGGCGCUCAUCGGCCACCGGAUGAUGGUCUUCGGGGGCACCAACGGCACCAAGAAGGUGAACGACCUGCACGUGCUGGACCUGCGCACCAAGGAGUGGAGCCGCCCGGCCUGCAAGGGGACCCCGCCGUCCCCCAGGGAGAGCCACACCGUCACCGUGGCCGGCGGCGGCGACAGGCUGGUGGUGUUCGGCGGCAGCGGCGAAGGGGAAGGCAACUACCUCAGCGACGUGCACGUGCUGGACGUGCCCACCAUGACGUGGACCUCCCCGGAGGUGAAGGGCGGGGACGGCCCCGCUCCCCGCGACAGCCACGGCGCUGUUGCUGUUGGGAACAGGCUGUUUGUGUACGGCGGGGACUGCGGCGACCGGUACCACGGCGAGGUGGACGUGCUCGACAUGGACACCAUGGCGUGGUCAAGGUUUCCGGUGAAAGGAGCCUCCCCUGGUGUCCGUGCAGGUCAUGCAGCUCUUGGCAUUGGGUCCAAGAUCUAUGUGAUUGGAGGAGUUGGUGAUAAGCAGUACUACAGCGACGCCUGGAUUCUUGAUGUCCCAAGUCGGUCUUGGACCCAGCUCGAGAUAUGCGGGCAGCAGCCUCAGGGACGGUUUUCUCAUUCCGCGGUCAUCAUGAACACUGAUAUCGCAAUCUAUGGAGGAUGUGGUGAGGAUGAACGCCCCCUCAAUGAGCUCCUCAUUCUGCAAUUGGGCUCAGGGCAUCCAAAUGGUCGCUACAACAUCUCAAUGAGCAAAAUUUUGAGCAACCACUGGAGCCAGGAGAGGCGCAAGUUCUUGAGGGCAGAAAACAAGGAUGCAAGCGCGAGCAAUGGCGAACCCGUUCAUAGACCUCGAGAAGCAGAAAUUGAACAAAGAAAUCCUUUUCUGCGUGGUAUAGGAGAGAAUGGCCAUGUGAAAAGAAGAAAAACCGGGGAUGUUCGUCCAAAUGAGAUUGAAUUGGAGCAGGAGGAGCACUCGCUGUCUCUUUCCCAACAUUCGUCGCCUUCCCAAUCCGAUCAGGAGCAGAAUGGAGCUCAGAAACUUUCAGCAUCCCCCAACGGUUCAAUCUCAGCGCUGCAACCGUUUGUCCGUCUCAAUACCAACGGUACUCUAAGGACUACUGGAGGUAUGUCAAUAAGGCCUCUGAAGACCGAUCAGUUUCUCCGCACCAUUGCACCUCAACAACGACAUGAAGUGCAGUUCCUAGCAACUGAACCUAAGCAGCACGUCCGGCCAUCUGGUCCACCUCUUAUUGGAGCUGAGGUCCAUGGGACAAUCGAUGGAGCUUUCGACUCGGGGUACCUCAUGACAGCUGUCGUGAAUGGGCAGCUCUUCAGAGGUGUUCUGUUUGCUCCUGGGCCUGGAGUAACAGCUCCAAGACCAACAAUGCACCAUCAGAUUCUGACUGGCGCCGCCGUUCCGCCUCAGCAGCGCCCUGUGCUGGCUCAUGCCUUCCCAGUUCAUGCCCGGCCGGUGCCGCAGGCGACAGGCUUCGUACUGCCAGACUGCAGCCACCAUGCGCGGCGCGCGUUCCCGGCGAAGGUCAUCAAGUCUGAGCCAGAGAGGAGCAGCAGUGACCUUCAUGAUGUUGUGCUCACACUCGGAGGCCCCGGAGGGGGCAAGUGACCCUAUUUUCGGAACAAUUCUGAAACCCAGGCCUUGAUGUUUAUAUUUUAAACUUGCUCUGUAAAAUAGACUAUUCUAGUUGAGGAAAAUAAGCCUAGUGGCUUAGUGUAAUCGUCACUGAUCAUGCGCAGAUGACCUUUGUGGUUUUAGCAUUUUAUCUGCGGUUCUAUAUUUAGUGUUAGCUUUGAUGAGAUUAGUUUUCUCUAUUGAGUCAUGUCUUUGAGGAAAAGCUUUGCGACCAGCAGUGAGUUCUCUACAUGUUGA